AUGAGUGGGUUACGCGAUGUUAUGAAAGGUGGCUGGCAUCCCAAGGGCAAGGAUGGUAAAAAGGAAAGCUGGCGCGGUGAUUUCAAAGGAAUCGAUCAAGUGGCUGGAUGGAUGGGGAAAGGCCCCAGGGACUCUGACAAAGACGACAAAUCUGAGCAUGUCUCCCAACCAAUCUCCUCCCUAAAAGACCCUUCUUCUUUCGGUCCCCCUCCCAAGCAUAUCAAUUACCACGGAGCAGCUGCGGUGCCAAAUCAGACAACCCCCGACCGGCGGGGCCUAGGAGCCCCGUUGUCCCAGGAUCAGAUCGAGACCCAGGAGGUGCAUCGCCAGCAAGCGGCUGCCGAGGAAGAAGAAGAAUCCCAGAGACCUCCUCCGCCUCCGGUCCCCUAUCGCGUGGACACGACCGGUCUAUCUACAGACAACCUCCCUCCGCCACCCCGCCGGAUAAACUCUGCGAGUCCCGCUUCAACGAGCUCAGUCUCAAAACCUCAGCCGCCAAAACCUCCACCUCGACUUCCAGCCCGCAGUGGCUCUCCCAGCUCCGACCCGCCCCCCGCUUACUCCGCACCAGUGGUCUCCCAUGAUUAUAUCAAUCAAGACGCCUCGUCCCGCCUCGCAAACGCUGGCGUUUCGGUCCCCGGAUUUGGGAUUGGGGGAAAGGGUCGCCAAUCGCCUGCAAACGCGCCCGUAAAUGAGUUGCAGUCUCGAUUCUCGCAGAUGAGCACUGGCUCAAGGUCUCCCUCGGCACCUGCCCCACCCGCCCGGUCCUCGACCACAGACUCGCUACAAAACUUCCGUGAGCGUCAUGGGGACAAGAUUGAUGCUGGAAAGCAGAAGUACAGUGAUUUCCGUGAACGCCACGCGGAUACGAUUGAUUCUGGUAAACAGAAGGCUGGAGAUUUCCGCGAGCGCCAUGCCGACACAAUCGACUCGGGAAAACAGAAGUACGGUGACUUCCGUGAACGCCACGCAGACACCAUCGACUCCGGCAAACAGAAGUAUAGCGAUUUCCGCGAGCGUCAUGCAGAUUCUAUCGAUGCAGGCAAGAACAAGCUAAACGGCUACAAGUCUCGUCUCACGGGCUCCCCAGCGCCUACCCCGCCGGCCCGGCCCGCGUCCAGCACAUCAAGCAUGAAUCUAGAACCAGCAGAGCCCGCCCGUGGCUCUUCCUCGGUCCAAGACUUCCGCGAGCGUCAUGCAGACAAGAUCGAAAUGGGCAAAGAGAAAUGGGGCGGCGUCACAUCGCGCUUCAACACCUUUGUGGAAGAUCGCAAGUUCUCCAACGACGCCAACAAGCGGAUUCCACGUCCACCUGCUCGCCCUAGUUCCAUCGCGCAACCUAGUGCUCCUGCGUCGCCUGCUGAAGAUCUCCAGAGUCAAGCACAGCGCAAGAAAGCCCCUCCCCCACCUCCGCCCAAGCGAGCGGAGUUUCGUGCGCCCGCUGUGGAUGCGCCCUCAUCCCCUGCGCCUCCGCCGAUUCCCCACGAUACCAGGCCCCGCUGA